AGCAAUUAUUAUGAAAAGAGAGGGGAAAUAAAUAAAUGUGGGUUAAUCAUAUGUUCAAAAUGUUGAAAGUUUGACAAGGGUCAUAACUUUAUCAUAUCUGUUUUUCCACUCAUUGAACAGUCUUACAAAAUCACAUAGAUAUUCAAAUGAAGUCUGUGCAUAAUCUGAUGCAAUAUUUUCCCUAUUAUGACAAAGAUAUAAGAAGAGGAUAUCGACUGAAUGGAAACGACAAUAAUAGCUAUGAUAAUUGGCAAACUUGUAGGGAUUCGGGUGAUUUUCAAAAUAUAAACAAACAUAAGCUAAGCAAAUGGUGUAGAUUGAAGAGCACUAAGCAGCUAUUAUUUUUUGUUUAAGACUCCUUAACACAGUCUAUCCUUGAUAACACAAAGGGUGGAGAGCUAAACUAUCCAAUAUCACAGAGAGCAUUUGUCCAUUAAACCAUUGGGUUGCAUUCCAGUUGCUCAUGUUAUGCUAGAAUGAUAAUUAUUGAGAUCCAGAACAGUGGCAAUAAAUGUGUUGAAAAGGUAAGAUGUUCAUCCCUCGAACAAAAUGUAAAAUUUGAAAACCUGCACCAGUUUUUACAAAUUACUCGAUUUCUUCAAAUUCGAAUUACCAUUGUCUGUUUAACAGUAUCCGGUAGCCUAGAUUCCCGUAUUUAGCUUCUACAAUCAGAUAAUAUCUUCAAAACUUCGAAGAGUAUCUUGUUUUUGUCAAUGUGACAUUUUUUCUGCAAUGUUGGUUUUUUAGUUAAAUUUGAGCACUAAUGUUUAUAGCAGCUGAGUACAUGGGUAAUACUUGCAAUUCAACUACCAGCUGUUUCGUUCAUUUAAAACUUCACAGCGUGAACAUAUUAUUUCCUUUUGCAUAAAAUCAUAGUAAUAAUAAUAAUAUAUUUCACAUAGUGUUGGAAAUGUCACUUUUGCGUUCUUUAAUCCAAAGAAUAUUUGAAUCCACUUAUAAAUCAAUGAAUAAACUUUUUCCACUGAUAUUCACAUCUGUGGGUAAAGCGAUAUUAUGUUUCAGCGGACUUCAAGUGUUUAUUUAUUGUAGAGAUGUGAAAAACCUACCUUUUCGACUUUAGUUAAUCAUGAAAUACUUACUGACUGUCUUUACCGCGCACUUAAUUGUAUCGAUUUUCCCCCCUUACUAAAUCGAUACACUUCAAUUUAAAAUGCAUAAAGUUAACUAGUCUGUGAUAACUUUUAUCCAGGCAAUAAGUACCAAUUUGUUCAUUAUUCUUGAUUAUUAUUAUUAAUAUUCAUCUGCAUCAUUGUAAUAAUGUCAGCUGUGGGGAGAUUAAGAGAUAAAUUUGCUUGUUGUAAGUGCAAUCAUUCAGCUUGCUACGGUAUUGUAUGGAAUUGUACAACCUAUCGAGCAGACUAUCGUGGACGUGAUUCAGAGCGUCCCUCACCAAUUUAUCCAAAAGAUAAUUUAAUUGUUGGUGCUCCGUUAGAUUGUGCUAAAAAAUGUGUGUGUGAUGAAAAUGAUGAAGACACUUUGCGAAUGAAGCGUUAUGAAAAUUCCAAUGAGGUCAAAUCAGUAGAGGAAUAGCCUAAAUCAUAUUGUUGUGAAGUGAAUAUUUAGAAGGAAGAAAUAAAUGUCAGGAUAUUACUUAUCGAGAAGAGAUUCGAUCAUACAGCUUUCACUGGAAAGACAGUCAACAUCAGUUUCAAACUGAUUUCAUUUUGUUCUGAAACUCUUGUUUAUCAAUAACGUAAUUUUAUUCAAAUACUGGUUCAUCUUAUUUUUGUCUUUUAUAGACGUAAGGGAAUUCUAUGGAAUUA